AUGCGGCCUGGUCAAGUUUUUGUUGUUUACCGUUCUGCAGCACUUUCGCUGGCGAAAUCCAAUAUGCGCCGUCGCCAAGCUAAAAAUUCAACAGCAGAAGAUGAUCAACGAAUUUGUACCAAAGUUAAUUGUUUGAAAUGUUGCAAGAAGUCAACAGCAUUUCUUUUUUCACGCGUCGGUUUGUUUCUUGUCAUGAUGGGUUAUGUAGCUUUCGGUGGCAUCUUAUUUCAAUUACUCGAAGCAGGAAAUGAAGCAAAAAUGCGUAGUAAUAUGGCUGAAGAGCUUAACAAAACACUCAACAAACUAUGGAAUGUUACGAUGAUGGCUAAUUCGAUUCCUGAAGAAUAUAAACGAGGCAAUUUUAGUCGCUGGGCGACACCAGAACUUGCUGCAUUUGAAGAUACAGUUAAAGUCAAAGUACAAGAAGGUUUUGAUGGACGAACUGUUGAUUCAGAUCAUGAUUGGAAUUAUUUCGGAGCUGUUCUUUAUGCUGUCACACUUGUUUCAACAAUUGGUUACGGGCAUAUAACAACAAAGACGAUGCAAGGAAAAAUAGCAACGAUUCUUUAUAGUGCAUUCGGUGUGCCAUUGAUGAUGCUUUUCGUUGCCAAUAUCGGUUCAACUAUGGCGAAAAUGUUCUCAUUCGUAUUCACACGCAUCACCAUGAUUUUCUGUUGUCGAUUAAGUAGUAAAAAGAAGCGAACAUUAAAAUAUCGUCAAAAGUUACUAGAAAAAGCGAACCAAGCACAAUAUAUCGUCGAUGAAAAACCAUCGACGACGGUCUACACUCAAGAAGUGAAAUCAAAUUUGAAACCAGCAUUCGAAGAGAAACCUCACUUAUCACCACCAACAACAUCAACAGCACCAUCGAAGCCGACGUUUCCUUCGACUACUAGUUCAACAACUGAUAUUUCAGCUGAUCUACGGCAGCUGCCAGCAGAUAUUCGUUUGAACAUGUUAACCGGCAUCACAAAUCAAAACAAACCGCGCUCUUUAGCUUCAUCAGCCAAUUCAGUUGCAGGAAAACCAAAGGAUGCGCUUGUUCGCAUUAAUGAACUUAUUCGACAGAACUCCGUUCAAGACAUUGACCAUAGUAAUGAUCAUGAAGAUGAAGAUACUCGACGGCAAUCAAUAGAUGUUAAUCAAAUACAAUAUUACAUUAACGAAACAAAUAAGCUAACAAACAGUUUAGAUAAUUCGACACAAGAAAAGCCAUCAGAGACAAGCGAAAAAGAUGAAAGUAACAUGAAACAGGUUGUUAUUGCCGACGAGAUUACCAAUGUACCUGAAACUGACACGAAGAAAAAAUCGAAAAAAGCAGAUAAAAAGAAUCUGAAACGUUCAAAAUCUGAAUCGACACACAAUCGUAAAUCGCCUACCAAACCGGUUUCUGAUUCUUCCUCUACCAAAGAUGCAGAAUCAGCUAAUACAGCGAACAAGCCUCCACGUCGAGGAUUUUUCUCACGCAAAAACAAUAAAUUAAAAAAACAAACAACAACCGACGAUGGAACGAGCGAAAACUUACUACAGCAGCAACAACAAACGACGACUACAGAUGAAGUUCAUCACGCGGGCGCGAAAUUAUCGCGCAAAUCUCAAAGUUUCAAUGAAUCGUCAACGCGCGUCUUACCACCGCCACCAAACUACGAACAGUCAACAACAAGUGACAUCACUCCACUACCACCAACUGUAACAUGGAAAAAUGAACAUGAAUUUUAUCCCACUGUUGAUCUACAUGGCGAUCAACUCGAUGAUGACGACGAAGAUUUCGACGACGAUGAAGAAAGUGUGCCAUUACUUGUUACUGUUUUUGUCAUUCCGCUUUAUUUAACACUUGGAGCUAUUCUUUUUACUAUUUGGGAAGAGUGGAGUUUUCUUAAUUCGUUUUAUUUUUGUUUUAUUACACUCACAACAAUUGGUUUUGGAGAUUUCGUACCUGGAUCAUCGCUGAAAGUUGAAGCUGAAAAAGGCAAACUCAUAUCCGCAGCCGUGUAUAUUCUCUUUGGUCUCGUCCUUAUUGCAAUGUGUGUUAAUUUAAUGAAAGAGCAGCUAAGUCAAAAAGUAAAACGAGUCGCCAGCAAGUUGGGCAGGUUUUAA